AUGCUGCCGGCGCGGCUGGCCCGGGGGCUGCUGCCCGCUCUCCUGCGGGGGUCGGCCCUCCGGGUCGCGCGCCGCGGCCUCCGGGAGCCGCUCCCGGGGGAGAGCAGCGCGGCCGCCUCCGCCUCCGCCUCCGCCUCCUCGGCGCAGCCGGCGGGCCCGGGACGGCCGCUUCCUCGUGAUCCCACGGAGGCGGGCGGGCCGGAGCGGCCGCGGGUCGGGCAGGAGGAGCAGUCCCACCCGGGGGACCGGCCGCGGGCGGUGGUCAGGGACGUGCGGCUGAUCAGCGCCAAGACCGGCUACGGCGUGGAGGAGCUGAUCUCCGCCCUGCAGCGCUCCUGGCGCUACCGCGGGGACGUCUACCUGGUGGGCGCCACCAACGCCGGCAAGUCCACUCUGUUUAACACGCUCCUGAAGUCCGACUACUGCACCGCCAAGGGCGCCGAGGCCAUCGACAGGGCCACCGUCUCCGCUUGGCCAGGUACUACAUUAAACCUUCUGAAGUUUCCGAUUUGUAACCCAACUCCUUACAGAAUGUUUGCAAGGCAAAAAAGGCUUAAGAAAGAUGCCACUGAAGCUGAAGAAGAUCUUAGUGAGCAAGAACAAAAGCAACUUAAUGUCUUGAAAAAGCAGGCUUAUGUAGUAGGAAGAGUUGGAAGAACAUUCUUCUAUUCACAACAGAGGGAUGAAGCUGCCUUUGAGUUUGAUGCUGAUUCACUUGCCUUUGACAUGGAAAACGAAGCUGUCAGGGUUGCACACAAACCUACCAAACAAGUAGAGCUGACUGCAGCAGAUGUGAAAGAUGCCCACUGGCUUUAUGACACCCCUGGAAUUACAAAAGAAAAUUGUAUUUUAAAUCUUCUAACAGAAAAAGAAGUAAAUAUUGUUUUGCCAACACAUUCCAUUGUUCCAAGAACUUAUGUGCUUAAACCAGGAAUGGUUCUGUUUUUGGGUGCAAUAGGCCGCAUAGACUUCCUGCAGGGAAAUCAGUCAGCAUGGUUUACGGUCGUGGCCUCUAACUUUCUCCCCGUGCACAUCACUUCAUUGGACAAGGCCGACGCUGUGUAUGAGAAGCAUGCAGGGCACCUUUUACUCCAGGUUCCAAUGGGUGGAAAAGAACGAAUGGCAGAAUUUCCUCCUCUUAUUGCUGAAGAUAUUACGUUAAAAGAAGGACAUGGGGAGUCUGAAGCAGUGGCUGACAUCAAGUUUUCCUCUGCAGGUUGGGUUGCAGUAACGCCUCACGCUAAGGACAGAUUGCAUCUCCGAGGCUACACUCCUCAAGGAACGCUUCUGACGGUCCGUCCCCCUCUCUUGCCACACAUCGUUAACAUCAAAGGAGAGCGCAUCAGGAGCAGUGUGGCCUAUAAAACUAAGAAGCCUCCUUCCUGUGUGUACAAUCUGCAGAAGAAGGGAUAGAUGUAGGAGGCUGACCGUGUUCACACCAGAUAAAAGAUAUAUUGAAUUGAGAGCAUACAUUAAAAUUGUGUUAAAUGUAGCUAUAAUAAAGUCCCCCACUCCCACCCUUUUAAAA